AUGGCGUCCCUCAACGUGGCCAAACGACACCUCAGAGCUGUCAUGAAACAAAAGCUAAAAGCCGUGCCCCAGGAGUCUAUCGUGUCGCAGAGCUCGACGGUCUACAGCACGCUCAAGACCCUCAGCGCUUAUGCCAAGGCUAAGCGAGUCAGCGUGUUUCUUUCCAUGCCCACGGGCGAGAUCCAGACGGAUGCCAUAGUCCGGGACGCCCUCACGGGGGGCAAGGAGGUUUUUAUCCCCUACCUCCACAAAAGCCCGGUCCCGGACCCGGCCCUACCAGCACGGGUGAUGGACAUGGUCCGCCUGCGCGACCUGGCCGACUACGAAUCCCUUCAGCCGGACAAAUGGGGCAUUCCGAGCAUCGACCCGAACACCGUCGCCGAGAGGCAGCGGGUAUUCGGCGGACCAGAUGGCCCGCACUCCGACAGCACCCUGCUGGAUCUCGUCCUCAUGCCGGGCGUCGCUUUCGACACCCACCCCGACGACGGCGCCAUCAGGCGGCUCGGGCAUGGCAAGGGGUUUUAUGACUACUUUCUCUUCCGGCACGGGCUAAAGGCGGGUUCGCUUGGGCAGCAAGAUUCCCCUGUAUUGCUUCUUGGCUUAGCCCUGUCUGAGCAGUUCCUAUCUCCAUCCGAGGGGGCAGUACCUGUUGGUCCCCUAGAUCAACCUCUGGACGGCCUGGUCCUCGGGAACGGUGAGGUUAAAGGCCCGCUUGCUCCGGCAAAUAAAACAGACUAA